CGCCUGUGAAAAUGGCCUCCCCUAUCAGGGUAAGACUCUGAUAGGGUGUGUUACAUUAUUUUUUGUUAUAUACAUUGUUAUUUACCUUAACGCUUCCUAAAUGGCCUGAAUACAAAGUAGAAAUGUGAUGAAUUCAAUGGAGACUAAUGCCUGGGCUGACCCAGACCCUGGCAGUAUGUAAGGAAUGCUUUCUGAACACCGGUUUGUUGACUGCUAGAUUGUGCCCGGCUGCAUUUUCAUGACGAGGAGGUUCGUGUUUCUGAUAUUUUCUUGGGACGUAAUUUAGGCCUAAAAGGUCUGUGAAAUAUCUGUCAAAAUGAUGUGCGAUGUGAUGCCAACCAUCUCUGAAGAUGGUUCCAAUGACCGAGAGUCUCAAGGUUCAGGAGACGACUCGAACUUCGAGCAGUUGAUGGUGAACAUGCUCGACGAAAGGGAUAAAUUGAUGGAGAGUCUGCGAGAGAAGCAGGAAGCUCUCGAUAUUACAGAGGCGAAACUGCUGGAAUCGAACAAAGACCGAGAGAUAAUGCAAAAACAACUUCAACAAACGACACCACAGGUGUGUCCAGUGAGGUGGAGGUCUUGAAGGCACUCAAGUCUCUCUUUGAACACCACAAGGCUUUGGAUGAAAAGGUUCGAGAACGUCUGCGCGUGGCCUUGGAGCGAGUGGCACAGCUGGAGGAGGAACUGGCCACAGCUAAUCAAGAGUUGUUUACAUUCCGUGAGCAGGCCACCAAGUCCCGUCACUCCAGUGGCAGCACAGAGGACAUCAAAUCCAACCGUCCCGAGUCUCUCAACCAGGCAGAUGGAGAAUCGACCUCUGGACCCACUAUACUUAAGCAACGACUCUCCAAUGGGUCAAUAGAGCCAGACUCUGACAUGGGCCGUGUGAUAGAGCUCCAGGAGACGGUGGAGAAGCAGAACUCUGAGCUGACCUCGACGCGCACCAAGCUACUGGAGGUCAACAACAAGAACACUGAGAUGGAAGAGAGCUACGCUUCCUGUCAGAAGGAACUUGCCAAGGCUCAGGACGCUGUCAACAAGCUGCAGAGAGAUCUACGAGAGUCCCAAGCGCAGAAGGAAGACCAGGAGGAGCGUAUUGCCACUCUGGAAAAGCGAUACCUCAACGCCCAGCGCGAGUCCACCUCUGUGCACGACCUCAAUGACAAGCUGGAGGCAGAAGUGCAGUCAAAGGAGAGCAACAUACGCAGUGCAGAGGACAAGAACCGCUCUCUGCAGGAGAAGGUGGAGCACUUGGAGCAGAAGCUGGCACAGAGCCUCAAGAAGGUGGAGGCUAUGCCGUCCAUUGAGGCUGAACUACAGCAGCGACUGGAGGCGCUCAACCAGGCUGAAGAACGUCAUGGCUCUACAGAAGAGAGGAUUCACAACCUGGAGCAGUCCUUGCACGACAAGGAAUCAGAGUUGCUGAGAUCCCGUCAGCGAGAGAAGAUGAAUGAGGAGCACAAUGUACGUUUGUCGUCCACGGUGGACCGGCUGCUCACCGAGUCGAACGAGCGUCUGCAGCUGCACCUCAAAGAGCGCAUGACGGCGCUGGAGGAGAAGAACCAGCUGACGGCCGAGCUGCAGCGCAUCACCAAACUGCUGGAGGACACGCAGCAAGAGAAGGAAAGGAUCAAUGAUGACUUACUUCGGUACCGGAAAGAAGUUGAGACGUUGCGUAUGCAGAUGGAACAGUUGAUGAGGGCGGGCUAUGCCUUUGAGGACAAUGUAUCUCGAAGACACCAGCGGGGCAGGGAGCAGGCUCUCAACGAUGACCCCACCAAGGUGAACACUCUGAAUGAGCAGGAGUGGGAAAAACUGCAGCAGGCUCACGUGCUGGCCAACGUUGCUCACGCCUUUGACGCCAGCGAUACGGAAGGCACAGAUGACAGCGAGUCUCUUUUUGGCGGUGUUGACCUCCUUUCCCCCUCGGGUCACACGGGGGCUCAGACACUUGCCAUUAUGCUGCAGGAACAGUUGGAUGCAAUCAACAAUGAAAUCAGGUUAAUACAGGAGGAAAAGGAGAGCACGGAACAACGGGCGGAUGAGCUGGAAAUCCGGGUAGGCAGUGGUAGCCUGGAUACGUUGCCAGGCCGGUGGCGUGGGGGUUACGAGCGGUCAGCCUCUCCACCUGCUAGUGGACGCUCGACCCCCACACACCCGCGCUCUUCUUAUCAGUCACGCGACUCUUUGCAGAAGUACCACACUGCUCCUGCGGGUAUGACGGCGCAGCUCUACACCUAUUCUUCCUCCAGUCCACAGCUAGCCACAGCUGCAGACUCCAGUCCCUCAGGACAACAGUACAGUCGUGACGACAGCACAAUCAACUCCAAAGAAGAAUCUCGCCAAAUCAAGUGUGAGUCGAGCCCACCCACCCCACGUGCCCUCAGACUGGAGCGGGUGGCGGCUGCUCUGGCAAAGAGCCCGGAGGAGACUGCCAGCCACCUCCAGGACAUCAGUGCCACGUCCUCCAACAGCCCCCUGGGCAGUCUACACAGCAGCCAGGACUCCCUCCACAAGCAGCUCCACCCACAUCCCAAGAAGAAAGGGCUGAAGAGCUCGCUGGGACGCUUCUUCUCCAAGAAAGAGAAACACAAGCCUAAAGAGCUCCUGGCUCGGGAGAUGGCAGCAGGUUCCUUCAAUGACAGCGGGGAAAACAGUGGGUCUGAAAUGGGCAUUGGGUUAGGUCAGUCAGACUUUGACAGGAGAAAAAAGAAAAAGCACGAGUUGCUUGAAGAAGCCAUGAAAGCCAGCACUCCAUUUGCUCUGUGGAAUGGACCGACAGUCGUGGCUUGGCUUGAGCUUUGGGUGGGCAUGCCUGCCUGGUACGUGGCUGCAUGUCGAGCCAACGUGAAGAGUGGUGCCAUUAUGUCCGCUCUGUCAGACACGGAGAUCCAGCGUGAGAUCGGCAUCAGCAACCCCCUGCACAGGCUAAAGCUGCGGCUGGCCAUCCAGGAAAUGGUUUCACUUACUAGUCCUUCAGCUCCAAAGACUUCCAGAACCACUUUGGCAUUUGGUGACAUGAACCACGAGUGGAUCGGCAAAGACUGGCUGCCUAGUCUGGGACUGCCUCAGUACCGCAGCCACUUCAUGGAGUGUCUUGUUGAUGCUCGUAUGCUUGACCACUUGACUAAGAAAGACCUCAGGGGUCAACUCAAGAUGGUGGACAGCUUUCACAGGACCAGUUUACAGUAUGGUAUUAACUGCUUGAAAAAAAUCAAUUAUGAUAAAAAGGAGCUGGAAAGGAGGAGGGAGGAAAGUUUGGCGGAUGUGAAAGAUGUGCUGGUGUGGUCCAACGAACGUGUCAUCAAGUGGGUGCAGAGUGUGAACCUGCGAGAGUACGCCAACAACCUGCAAGAGUCCGGCGUGCACGGGGCUCUCAUUGCCCUGGACGAGAGCUUUGACCACGCAAGCAUGGCUCUGGCCUUGCAGAUCCCCACACAGAACCAACAGGCACGGCAGGUGCUGGAGCGGGAAUUCAACAAUCUUUUAGCCAAAGGAACAGACAGACGAUUAGAAGAGGGUGAGGGUGGGAAAUUCCGUCGAGCUCCGUCCUGGCGCAAGAAGUUCCGCAACAAGGAUAGCAAGAGCGGGGAGGAGGGGGAAGCGACUGCGGCGGGUGCGGUGCCCAGCCCCCCGGAGACCUACGUCCACUCUUCCCCGCAGCACGCCCGGCGCAACACAGCCUUGGCCUCGGCAGCGGCCGCAGUGGCAGCAGCAUCGUCAGCGUCGUCGGUCGGUGUGGUGGUGGGUCCCUCUGUCUCCCCCGGGGCCCCCAGCCCGGCCCCCGCCACCUCCGCUCCCCCUCUGGUGCUGACCGCAGGCAGUGCACCCAACGACCCCAGGAAGCCGGGACCCAACGAGCGACAGUGCUGAGACUAGAUCCGGGCCAAAGCCUGGCUUAUGGGGCAUGCAGCUCUCUCUCUUUCUCUCUCUCUCUCUCUGUGGCAGCCUGGCCUGUCCACAAGGCCAGUGGAGCUAUGUUUACCUGGGACUGUGUGCGUGACUGUCAUCAUCUGCUUUCUGACCCCGACAUCAUCAUUGUGUCCACUGAAGCCGUUUACACACAGUGACUGACUUACUCAUUAUCCCCAGCCCAGUUGUGUCAAAAACCAGUUGUGAGCUUCGUCGUUUUACUAGUUAUUUUUUUGCAUUGUAUAUUUUUUGCUCUUUCUAUUCUUUCUCAUGAAGCAACCGAAAUUGCUGUGUUCUUCUCUUUCUUUCUCUCUCUUGGAAUUAUGAAUGGAAUGGCUGAAGUGCCUGUGUUGUUGUUAUUGUUGUUGUUGUAGUAGCGGUUGUGGCAGGACACUAGACACUCUAGCACUACCCAGGUCUGGUUUAGUUGUGAAACGUAAAGAUCUGCUUGUAGUUUGCGAUGUUUAGUGUGCCUGCAGGCCUGUUCUAGGACCCGGCCUCAUCCUUUGUGGCCUCCAUACUGUGUCUGCUCUGUCAUGGACUAUAGGUUGAGUACAGCUCAGUAUUGUUAGGCUACCACCUUGUAUUGUUCGUCAUUUGAACAUGUUGACCUGUAGUGCUCUCUGUAAUUAUUGCCUAGCUGAACUGUGUCAUGGACGAAAAGUCUGGCCUCUGGCUCUCACUCUCAACUCACUUUCAACAGUGCAUGAUCAUCAUUAACUAGCAGGUUAGGUAGACCUAUGUCCAUGCAGGUUAAGGUUUACAAUCUCAUCAAAUAUAUCUAUUUGCAUAGGACAUGAUUAAUUGUAAUCAAACCAGGUGAAAAUAUGCAAAAUAUUCUCCGUGUGCUGACAUUUUUUGCAAGGAUUUAUGAAAGCAGACUUUUAUAAACAAAAUAUCCGACGUAUUUGGCUAGUAAUUUUGAUCAUGGUAUUGGUAUUAAGAAGAAAAAAAAGUUUUUUUGCAUAGUAUAAAUAAAACAAUUUAUGUUUCCACUUACUUGGACGGACUUUUAUUCUAUCAAAAUAGUUUUAUUCAGCGAAGAUAUAUUAUAUCCUGUAAUUCACAAACUGAAUACACUUCCAACAGGAUACAUCAAACAAAUGUUUAGUUCGUGGGUGGGGAAGUAAAAAAGAGCUUUGGGGCCAGUUUUUCUCAGCUCUUACACUACUCAUAGGAGUGUAGAGAAAACCGCUCCGCUGAGUGAAAUUUCUGGUUACUGAGUCGGCGACUAGGGUUCAGAUAAAGUUGACACUGCCGUUUAUAUAUUUCAUUUAGUUGUAUUUUGUCGCCUUUUUACCUGUUGGCCCUCAGUGCUCAUGGAACAGUUGGGCUGUCAAACACUGAGUGUGCCCUGCUGUGUGUCCUCAGACUCACACUUCCAAGACUUUUCCAAAAGGGAAUAAGUUCACUGUCAAUGUUGACCUUUUUGGGGGAUCUUGAAAAAGGUUAGCACUUAUUGUACCAACAACCUUUGAUAAAUGCCAGGUACUGUACAUUGCUCUCUAAAAUUCUAGUCCGGAUGUAGAGAGAGAGAUUCAGAUAAUUGCUUUACUUCUAUGUACAUUUCAUAAAUGUUUGUAUGUGUCUGUGUGUGCUUGUGUGCGUGCAUGGGCGCAGUGUGAUUUCUUGGCUGGGAAGUGCCAAGUCCUACAUAAAGAAUUGUGAUGAAACUCC